GCGCGGGUUCUAUGGGUCUUGUCCGCGGAAACUCCAGCCAGUCGAACACGGCGGCGAGCUGGAGCUGCUGCGGAAGUGCAGAGUUGACAAACGAAGCUAACAAAUCGUCGUCAACGGGGAGUCAAGACAGAUGGAUCUAAAACGUCGCCUUCGAUCCGACCCUCCGCGUGGAGUCGACCUCAAAAACACAAGAAUGCGCGUGAAGCUCUCCAUGCAAUCCUCCUCCUCCGACUUUGGGACAGUUCGUGGACGCCGCAAAAGUCAACGCCGGCAUAUGGGGGCCACCGUUGGCAAGGCAGCGGAAGCUUUCGCCAGUGCGCCGAAAACGCAAGCGGCGGUCCGGCUUGCCGUUGCCGAGCGCGCCAUACUCCAGUGGAAUCGCAGCCCCGGCGCCGAUUCCGGCAUAUGGGACGCGGAGGCGAACUGCACCAACAAAGGCCUCCUCGCUGCGAUCGACGAGGUUCUCCUCUUGGCGGAGGAUGACCCUUUCCCCGCCGCCGCUUCUUCCGCUCGCCGCCGCCUGGACAGCGCCGUCGGCGUCGCCACGUCGCGCAUGGUGGAGGAGUUCCUGCGCGUCAGGGUCUGGAACAACAUCCAGCUGCGCGUCGCCGUCGACAAGCUCUCGCUGGCCUCGAGCGGCGUGUCGCUGAUGGCCUUCCCCGGUACCGGCGACAGAAACAGCACGACAAGAACCGCGUCCGACGGAAGCCAGUCACGGUCGAGCUCGAGCCAGUCAUGGUCGAGCUCGAGCGUUCCUGACGAUGUCGCGACCCUCUUGGACGACGAGUUCUUGGAUGAGCUCAAUCUCAUCUGCCCUGCGGGCGUGUCCGUCCUCCACGAGAUCGCGCUUCGGGUGAUCCGUUCCGGCUGCACAAAGGAGCUCCUCCGGGCGUUCUCGAACGCUCCCUGCGAUGUGCUAGACAGGUUCUUGUCAAUUCUGCGGGUUGAAUGCUCGCAACGGACGACGGAGGCCGUGAUCAAGCGGUGGAGGACGGUGACUAAGCUCAUCUGGAAGGCCGUCGUCGCCAUGCGAAAGCAGCUGUACGCGCAGAAUUCAGGUGCCUUCGACGGUUUCAGGGACGAAUACUUACUGGCCAUCUCAGAGAACCGCAUCUUGAUCCUUCUCGAGUUCGCGGACGGAUUCACCAGCAUCGCAUCGCACGAGAAGCUCUUAUACAUCCUCAGCAUGUACGAGGCUCUAAGCGAUGCUGCUCCCGACCUCCUGAUCUUGUUCUGCGGGGCGCGUAAGGAACGCAUCUCUGAGAAGACGCAGGAUAUCCUCACCAAAUUGGCCGUCGCGACGAAGACUAUGAUCAGCGGUCUCAUGGCCAAGAUCCGAAGCGAUUGUUCGCACACGCCGAGUGCGACAGACGGCGUCCAUCCGCUGACGCGGUACGCCAUGAACUGCGUCGAGCUGUUGGCGCCGCACCGCACGGCGCUGGAUGUGAUCCUCGCGAACGGGGAUGGAGACGAAGCCGGUGCUCCGUCCGGCGGCGCCGAGCGCGUGACCUCGUUCGGCAGCCUCGUCUCGGAGCUAAUCGCGGGCCUGGAACGCAACCUCGAGGAGAAACCCGCGCUCGCCUGCGCGGACGCGGGAGGUUCGCCGCACCUCUUCCUGGCCAACAACACAAGCUUCUUGCUGAACCGCGCCGCGGACGCCGACGUGGCGUCUCUGCUCGGUGACGAGUGGGCCGUACAGCGUCGGAGCUGGCUCGAGCAUCACACGGCGAGCUACGUCGAGGCAUCCUGGGGUCCGGUCGUCGCUUGCCUGGAGACGCCCGUGGGUGGCAGCGGCAAGCCGGCGAAAGUUCUGUCAAAAUUCGACGCCGCGUUUAAGAGAGCGCACGGCAGCCAGGUGUGCCGCGAGGUCCCGGAUCCCGCGCUCCGAGCGGCCCUACGGAAGGCCGUGUCGGAAAUGGUCGUUCCUGCUUACGGCGAGUUUCUGCAGAAGCAUCCGAAGCUUGGAAAAUCCGUCAGGUACACGGCUGACAAUCUGGCCGAAUCGCUGUCGGAAUUGUUCGAAGGAGAAGCCGUGUAUGGCAGAAAGUCCUAGUGCUUUUAUGCACGUUGAACAUCUUCAGAUUGUGCAUACCAAUAAGCUUUGACCUUUUUUACAAUCCCAAUUGCCUUCUAUCCCUUCACGGAUGCUAUAACAGUGAUGAAAACAUGUAGCAGUCAAUGGUGGCACCACUAGUUUCUUACUAUUAGAAGAAAUUGUAUACCCUUAUUGCAUUGCCAUGUAUAGCCCUCUUAAUUGGGAUUUAUUUCAUUGCCAUGUACACCUGUAUCUUGCCUAGCGUAGCCCCCUGAUUAGGCUCCUGUAAACUUCCUAACCUAGGCUCCUAACCGGCUAUAUAUGAAAUGCAUCCCGGU